CUUCCGUAAGCUUUCUUCUGUUACCAAGUACAUUUGUGAAACGUGGUGCGUGUUCUAGUUAAAAUCCGAAGGGAUCUCGUAUAGUAUCGUAAUAUUGCAAGUUCUUUAAAGUUGUGUAACAAUGCCUCCAAAAUUUGACCCAAACGAAGUGAAAGUUGUGUUCUUGAGGUGUGUGGGUGGAGAAGUUGGAGCAACCUCAUCCCUUGCCCCUAAGAUAGGACCUCUGGGCUUGUCUCCCAAGAAGGUGGGCGAUGACAUAGCCAAGGCGACGUCUGACUGGAAAGGCCUGAAGAUCACAGUGAAGCUGACGAUCCAGAACAGGCAGGCGGCCAUAUCUGUUUGCCCCUCCGCGGCCUCCCUCAUCAUCAAGGCACUGAAGGAGCCGCCCAGAGACAGGAAGAAGCAGAAGAACAUUAAGCACAGCGGGAACCUCUCGUUCGAUGACGUAGUCAGCAUAGCCAAAACCAUGCGGGACAGGUCAAUGUCCAAGAAGAUGGAAGGCACUGUCAAGGAGGUACUGGGAACGUGUCAGUCGGUGGGUUGCACUAUCGAAGGGAAGAACCCACAUGAUGUCAUUGACCAGAUCAACAAUGGCGAGAUAGAAGUUCCAGAAGAUUAAUUAAUAGUUCACCAUUUGUACCAGUAUUGAAAUAAAUAUACUUCAAAAUAUCA